AUGGACACAUUUGACAGCUCCAUAGAGGACUGGUCAAUUUAUGUUGAAAGAUUUGACCAGUACUGCCUUGCUAACGGGAUAGAGGAUGAGAGGAAAGUCGCGGUUCUUCUGAGUCUCAUGGGAGCGAAGACGUAUAACCUCCUCCGCAGCCUCAUCGCACCAGCCAAACCCGCAGACAAAACUAUUGAGGAGAUUACAAGAACACUCAAAAAUCAUUUGAAUCCAGCACCGCUAGUGAUCGCGGAGCGCUUCAGAUUCCAUAAGAGAAACCAAGCAAAGACUGAGACAGUGUCAGAGUACAUCGCAGAUCUGCGAAGACUGGCGGAACAUUGUCAGUUUGGAGAGGGACUAUCUGACGCAUUGAGAGACCGGUUCGUCUGUGGUCUGCAUAACGAGAGUACGCAAAAACGCCUUUUAACAGAAGAAAGGCUCACCUUACGGCGUGCGGUGGAUAUCGCUGUGUCAGUGGAAACCGCAGCAAGAGACGCCACUGAACUACAAGCAAAUGGUGAGCACUUCACAAAAAUAGAUCUUGCUCAGGCCUAUCUGCAAAUGGAGAUGGAUGAGAGUUCACGGAAGUACCUCACCAUCAACACUCACAAGGGUGUGGAACCUAAUGUCGUCUGGCGCAGACAUAUCGAUCAACUUUUGGAUGCAUCACCUGGAAAAGACGCAAACCCACCAGUGACACCAACUGUCCCAAGUCAAAAGGACAGUACAUUACCACCAGACAUGACAGUGGAAACCAACUCCACACCAGAAACUAUUGACUGUCCCAGACCUGUCAUAAACCUGUCUGAUCCUCCGGGACGCAGAUAUCCUGAGAGGCACCGCAAACCUCCUGACAGACUUGGUUCAUAG